AUGCAUGCUCGUCUUGACUAUCCUACCACCUCUGAGAGCGAGUACGUCAGUACUGAACGAGCGUUCUCUGGAACAACUUCCUUCCCGACCGAAGACGUCGAAGCUGAGCGUCGGAGGACCGAUUCACUGGGCCAUCAACUAGCACAUCCGAGUUCUGUACCCGUCACCAACGGUUUUAGGUACGCCGCACAACAUUCUGCGGUACAAGAUGUGCCCUUUCAUGCUGCACCAGGUCUUCUCAUGAGUCCGAUUGAACCAUCCCACCGGUCAUCAUCAACAACCUCCAGCUCAGCUACUCCCUCUUACGCUUACGUUUCGCUGACAAACCCCGUCUCGAAUACCGUGACUUCGGCGGAAAGCUUCUCUACACAGUCCGCUUACUCCCAUACAACAAACUUGCAGUGGAAUGACAGAAUUGGUGACCUAAAAAUCCAACGGGUACCUGCUCUUCAGCCUCCAUCGGGCAUGUCGCCACCCUUGCAAUCACAGGGCACGUUGGUUUCAGGGACUAGCGGUUUGAUUCCAAGGGCUGAUCCGUAUUCGAUCCCGUACCCCAUCGGUCGAAACACAUAUUCCUCUCCGCACAGCACCAUGACAGACAUUCCCCGAUACUCCCAAUACCCCGCAACACGAACGAUUGAUGUUCACUCAAAUACCCCAUCGAUGUACAACCACUUGGUGGACACUUCACCUCGAGGUUGUCAGUCGAGCUCUGAGGCUCCCCCAUUUCAUGAGACCAACGUUCUUCAUUCCGUUUUUACCAACAGCCAUCAAACUAUCAAUCCAGAAAUCCAAGCCAAGAUACAUAAAGGUUUUUUUCAGGUAGAUGACAAGUGGACAUGCUAUCGUCGCAACUAUUUUUCAGUAUCUUGUUCAUUCUUGCUCCGUCCAUGGGCUCCCAACUCUCCUCUCUACGUCCAACUUCCGAACAAUAACCCACAGUGCGUUCGCUCGUUCGCCAUGUCAAUAUCUGCUGUCGUGAAUGCGCAGGAAAACGAAACACGGGAACUUGUCCAGCAUACUCCCAAACGGGACAAGCAGUCAGAAAAGAAGCCAGGGAGAAUUACUUUGCAACCACAGCAGCCACCGUCCCUGGUAUUAGCCCAUGCGUCUUCAGUUGGACCUAAUCAUAUUUCAUUUGCCGCCCCGCCACACACCUCGAGCAUGCAAUUGGAUUAUGGGUCAUCCUACGGAGCUGCUCAGCAAGCACAACCACCCACUUCUCAUACAUUUGAGCGUAUUCAAUUUCAAAAAGCGACUGCAAACAACGGAAAACGCCGUGCUCAACAGCAGUAUUACAAUCUGGUUGUCGAGCUCUAUGCUGAAACUCCCACCCCAAACGGAGUCGAUACUCAAUGGGUCUUAAUCGCCAAAAGAUUGUCCCAUCCAAUGGUCGUUCGGGGUCGCUCACCAGGCCAUUAUAAAGACGGACGACGAGACAGUUCCGCAAGCAUGGGACCAGAUGGUGGCACUGGAAGUUCUGGGGAUGGUAACGGAGGAGGUUGCUUACCACCCGGCAUGGGUCAUACCCCACGCACCCAUCUCUCAUUAAUGUCACCAUAUGGUACAAACCAUCGAAAUCCCGCUUCGUACAACUACCACCGACUACCAUCUACAGACCACUCUCCUCUAGCUGCAAGCCCCUUGAUAUCAUCGCCGUCAUCCUCACCCGAUUAUCACAAUUAUAACAUGAUCAGCGGUUCGAUGGAUCCACUCGAGACUAUCAAAGACAAUACAGCUGCAGGAGCCUAUAGCGACCCAACUCUUACGACCGUUUCCUCUGACUCGAGGAAAAUAUGCAUUGAACCUUCGAACUUGCGUUUGCAUAUGCCAAGUUACGAUGACGACGUGACUGUCAAAGCCCAAGAGGACCACGAUGGCUCUUUCAAUGGAGCAUUCGAUUCUAUGAUCCCAACCUUGCAAAACGAGCAGGAGGGCUCGAAUCACUAUCUAAAACGACACGGAAUAACUAGUUAUUUGAGCCAGCCUCCAGGCCCCAAAUUCGGUGGCUCCUACAUCAAUCGCUCAAGUGACAAUACAUACGGACGGCUAGACUCAAUUCACAAUCCUCAAAGUCUCUGUUCUUGA